GGAAUCGGUUGCUGUAUUAUGUAUUUGUAUUAUGAGAUCAAGAUUUGAAGCCUACUGAUACACGUGGCUGUGCACACACAAGCCAUAAUGGCCAGAGGGCCAGGGGGUGACUGCCCUGCACAGCACCCCAAGACAAAGGACAAGAAGGCACGCAGAUGGAGGCUACUAAUCCUCAGCUUCCUCUGCUGUGCUGUGGCACCUCCCACGGAGGACAGUGUGGAGGUGGGUGAGGCCCGCCAGAAGACCCACACUGUUCUCAACACCCCCGACACUGACAACGGCCAGAACAUGCUGACUGCCCGAGAGAUUAAGAGGAGGGUGAGGGAGAGGAAAGCCAGGAGGAAGCUGCAAGGCAAACGCAAAAGAUCCAAGGCUGCCCCAUCCGCUGACGCACACUCCACUUCCGUUCCACACACCCAGCUGUUAAAGGAAACAACCCCUGCCAGCAAAACCAAAGACACCGAAAGCCAAGACCAAAAGAUCAUGGAUAAAGAUCUGCAUACCCAGCUGUUGAUGGAAACGACAACCCUUGCAAGCGAAUCCAAGAAGAUUGAACCACACCAAAAGAUCGAAGAUGCCAACAACCAUAAGAGAGUGGGGAGCUUUCCACACCCACCUCUGAGGAGCGUAGAACAACCAAACCCCAGCAAGAAGGACAUGGAGACGCAUCGGAUUGUUGACGAGGGCAGAAAAGAGCAAGAAGCAAAGCCUACCAAGAAGCUCAAACAGCACCAGGUUGUGGACGAAUUCUCACACUUUGAGUUCAUGAAGGACCUCGCCAAGCUUCUCCUGUACACCCUCUUGGUGUUUGGCUUGGUCUUUGCCGCCCUCAGCUUGCUCUGCUGUGCUGUGGCACCUCCCACAGAGGACAGUGUGGAGGUGGGUGAGGCCUGCCAGAAGACCCACACUGUUCUCAACACCACCGGCACUGACAACAGCCAGAACAUGCUGACUGCCCAAGAGAUUAACAGGAGGGUGAGGGAGGGGAAAGCCAGGAGGAAGCUGCAAGGCAAACGCUGGUACUACCGCCUUUUUAGAAGAUCCAAGGCUGCCCCAUCCGCUGACGCACACACCACUUCUGUUCCAAACACCCAGCUGAUGAAGGAAACAAUAUCUGCAAGGAAAACCAAAGACACCAAACAAGACCAAAAGAUCAUGGAUGCUGAAACACACACAAACCAGACCACCAUUCCGCACAUACAGCUGGUGAAGGAAAGAACAACCCCUGCCAGCAAAACCAAAGAGACCAAAAAAGACCAAAAGAUCAUGGAUGCUGACACACACACCAACCGGACUACUCCUCUGUACACCCAGCUAUUGAAGGAAAUGACAACCCUUGCUAGCAAAUCCAAGAAGAUCGAACCACACCAAAAGAUUGUGGAUGCCAACAGCCAUAGGAGAGUGGGGAGCUACCCACACCCACCUCUGAGGAGCAACUUGGAGGAACCAAAGCCCAGCAAGAAGGACAUGGAGACGCAACGGAUUGUUGACGAGGGCAGAAAAGAGCAAGAACUAAAGUCUACCAAGGAGCUCAAACAGCACCAGGCUGUGGACAACUUCUCACACUUUGAGUUCAAGAGGGUGUCCAGGAGAAGGUUGGUGAGGUCCUUCAUGGUGUUUGGCUUGGUCUUUGCCACCCUCAGCUUCCUCUGCUGUGCUGUGGCACCUCCCACGGAGGACAGUGUGGAGGUGGGUGAGGCCCGCCAGAAGACCCACACUGUUGUCAACACCCCCGACACUGACAACGGGCAGAACAUGCUGACUGCCCGAGAGAUUAACAGGAGGGUGAGGGAGGGGAAAGCCAGGAGGAAGCUGCAAGGCAAACGCUGGUACUACCGCCUUUUCAGAAGAUCCAAGGCUGCCCCAUCCGCUGACGCACACAGGACUUUCCAGGACUUGAUCAUUUGAAAUAAUAAAUCCUGUAACAGAGUUAUGCAACAUCACCUCAAUUAUAUUACCUCAAAAUAAAUAUUUUCUAUUUUCAUCAAAUGA